UUUCGAUGGUCCCUUUCACCUGCUUGUCGAUCAUGCUCCUCUUCCUCGUCGUCUCUGUGCUCUUCUCGCCGCCCUGCUCCGCUUCCACUUCCUCGUUCCUGCCAUCGGCUACCUCCAGAACGUCACUAGACGCAGCGUCUCCCACCCCGGCGUCGUGGCCGCCGCAGUUCCACUCCCUUCUCUACGUCAACAGCAGUGGCGCCCUCUCCCUCGUCGACGGCGCCCUCUCCCUCGUCGACCUCUGGUAUGAUUGGCCCAACUCCCGAAACUUCAAUAUCAUCCAACACCAACUGGGUACCCUCCUCUACAACCUCGAGUGGGGAAAUGGCACCUCCUUCUACUACACUUUGGACGGCGACCGCAGCUGCCGCACCCUGCACUUCGAGGUCGGGAUCCUGCGCCCCGACUGGCUCGACGGCGCCAAUUACCUCGGCCUAGAGGCCGUCGACGGUUUCCUAUGCAAUGUGUGGGAGAAGGCCCAGUUCAUUUGGUACUACGAGGACGUCGAGACGCGUCGCCCCGUGCAUUGGCUCUUUUAUACUGGGCAAUCUGUUCAUGUAAUGACAUUCGAAGUAGGAGCAGUGCUUGAGGAUGCAAAAUGGCAAGCCCCUGUUUAUUGCUUUGACAAAGAGGAUGAACAAAACCUGAAGGGUCAGUCUAUUGUCUCUGAAGGUCCUUUGGAAAGCCUAAUUCGGAAAUGGCCACUGAGAAAGUAGUCUGAGUAUGAAAUGUAAUGGUGUCUAUCCUACCAAGUCAGGUUUUCCUUCAACCCCUUUAUUUAAGCAAAAUCUUGUACAAUUAGGCGAGUGUCUCCUUUGGAUUUUAUCCUGUGCGAUUAAUAUGCUAUGUAGUUCCAAACAAGAAACAUAAACAGAAUGUUGUACCAUCAAUGUGUCUUUGUGAAUCUUAUAAGAAACACCUAAAUUAGUAGUCAGAUUUUCUUCAA